AAAAGGAGUCUGCAAUUGUUGGUCUGUGUGUGUGUGUCAUUAACAAUAAAUUAAUUUGUUACUUUAUGAGGAGUUUAAUACCUUUAAUGAACAAAUGAAACGUCAAAAAACUAGGAAUAAUGAUUACGAUUACACGAAAUUGUCGAAAGAUAGUGAUGACGAGGAGCUCGAACUGUUCGUUCGGAAGAAGUUUCAAGAGGUUGCAACAGUUGAGAAGAUUAUUGAGGAAGGAGACACCCUGCAAUCUCUAUCGAUUAGGUAUCAUUGUCCAAUUGCAGAGCUGAAAAGAUUGAAUAACAUUCACAAGGAAAAUGAAAUCUUUGCUAGGAAUUCAAUUAAGGUUCCAGCUAAGUUGAUGCUCAUAGCUGGAGUGCAUAGCAGUGGCAACACUUCACCAAAACAUAAGCAAAAACCUGAGAAUCCCAUUGAUUCCAAUGAGCUGAUCCACACGUUGACCCCAUUAGAAAGCAAUUUGAACACAGUUAUAUUUAAUAGUAACAUAGCAACAAAUAAAUAUUGUGAUAAUCCUGAGGAAGAAACUAACAUUGAUGCAGAGAUCAACUUGUUACCAACAAUUCCUGAGACAGUCCCUCAGAAGAAACAUUGGUUGGCCUGCAGUGAUUCAGAUAUUUCAUGGAUCACCUUGACACUGUGCAUUGUAAUAUUGAUUUUUGCGGUCCCUCUGAUAUAUGUUCUUUAUAUUGCCGAACAUCCAGAGGAGUUUCAUCAUAAGCAUACCUAAGGACGAAUUUAAGCCAUUUUAAGUAACAGGAAUUUUUUUUAAAUUACAUAUUUUUUUAUGGAUUUUAACAAAGUAUAUUUAUCUUCAAAAGAAUAGAUUUAUUUUUUGAUAUAACUUGUGUGAACAUUGUAUUCAUAAAACAAUGGCAAUGGUUGUUAUAUAUGUAAAAUAAUUUUAUAAUAAGUUAAAUAAAUAUUCAAAUUAAUUAAA